CGGAAUCCACCAGCAGCGACCGGUUUGUCACAUGACCAGCGAGCCUCCCUCCCUCUUUCCCUGUCUCUCUCCCUGUCUGUCUGUCUCUCUCUCUGUGUGUGUGUGUGUGUGAGUGUGUGUUUUAGUUCCGUGUUCACCGAGGGGCUGGAUGAGUCUUCACGGCGUGUCUACCUUUUACGCCGCUGCAGGGAUCGGUUGGGCGCGGGGAGCAUCUUCCUCUUCCUCCUCCUCCUCCUCCUGCUCCUCCUGCUCCUCCUCCUCCUCCUCACGCAGUCGCUUCGCCGGGACCCACUCUGGACCAUGCUCACGCGGGUGAAGUCUGCUGUGGCCAGCUUCAUGGGAGGCGUGAUGGCCGGGGGCACCAACGGAGAGCACCCAGGCGGCGGCGGAGGCUCGGACCUGCCGCUCCGGUUCCCGUACAGCCGACCGGAGUUCCUGGGACUCUCGCCCGACGAGAUCGAGUGCUCGGCGGAUCACAUCGCGAGACCGAUCCUCAUCCUGAAGGAGACCAAGCGGCUGCCGUGGUCCACCGGCUACGCAGAAGUGAUCAAUGCAGGGAAGAGCACAUUAAAUGAGGACCAGGCCUGCUGUGAAGUGCUGAUGGUGAAAAGGAGACCGGCAGGAAGCAGCACACCCAACCGGACCCCCCAGACCCGCAGGAGGUCCUCCCUGCCCAACGGAGAGGCCCCGGGUCCCCGGGAGAACCUGCCCCCCAGUACUUCACCAAGCCCUACCGAGAGCCUGCAGAAAACCCAUGACGGUUCUGAAGACCUGACCUUCCACUACUGGGCGUUGUUCGAUGGCCACGCCGGCUCCGGGGCAGCUGUCAUGGCCUCCCGCCGGCUCCAUCACCACAUCGCCCUGCACCUUCAGGAGGUGAUGGAGAUCCUCUGCACUCCGAACCUGCUGCCACCCACAUGCCUGGGCGAGGAGCCCAUCAAUCACCAUCUCACCCCCACAUCCCAACGCGCCCUCACCAGGGCUGCGUCUCUCCGGGGCGCUGCAGGGGCUCCGGGGUCACCCAGCACGCCACCUACACGCUUCUUCACGGAGAAGAAAGUUUUGCACGAGAGCCUGGUGAUCGGAGCCAUCGAGAAUGCCUUCAAAGACAUGGAUGUACAGAUUGAAAAGGAGAAGGCAAUCUACAACAUCUCAGGUGGCUGCACUGCUCUGGUGGUCGUGUAUGUACUUGGGAAGGUCUUCGUUGGGAACGCUGGGGACAGCAGAGCGAUCAUCAUCCGAGCCGGGGAAGUCAUCCCCAUGUCAGCAGAGUUCACACCAGAGUCAGAGAGACAGCGACUCCAGUUCCUGGCGUACAUGCAGCCCCACUUAUUAGGGAACGAGUUUACACAUCUGGAAUUCCCCAGGAGAGUGCAAAGAAAAGAGGUUGGCAAGAGGAUGUUGUACCGUGACUUCACCAUGUCGGGAUGGGCAUAUAAAACCAUCGAGGACGAUGACCUCAAGUUUCCCCUGAUAUACGGCGAAGGGAAGAAGGCUCGGGUGUUGGCGACCAUCGGCGUCACAAGAGGUCUUGGCGACCACAAUCUGAGAGUGCACGACUCCAACAUCUACAUUAAACCCUUCUUGUCCUGCUGCCCUGAGGUCAAAGUUUACCCGAUGACACAGUGCGAGCACGGAGCCGACGAUGUCCUGGUUCUAGGGACAGACGGUCUGUGGGACGUCCUCUCCAACCAGGAAGCAGCUGAAGCUGUCACCUCUUUCCUGUCAAACUGUGACCCCGACGACCAACACAGGUACACGAUGGCAGCUCAGGACCUCAUCAUGAGAGCGCGCGGCGUGCUGAAGGAUCGCGGCUGGAGAAUAUCCAACGACAGAUUAGGCUCCGGAGACGACAUCUCCGUCUACAUCAUUCCCCUCAUGUACGGCAACAAGCCGAAUUAGCAGAGCGACUGAAACUGCAACACGGCACCAAAAUAUUCAAAAUCCUGCCUUGAACUCCCAAAUUUCACUUCUGCAGUUUCCCUCGUGCUCCGUUUAUAAAAGUGCUUUAAGUAUGGACUUCCUCUCUCUCGCUGAGGGAUCCGACACUUCACUGGUCAGAGGUGGGAUUUCGGCCCAGGCCAUUUUUCCCCCGUUAAUCAUCUGAGGAUGAUUUUACCACCUCUUUUUUUUUCUCUUCUUUUUAUAGAUAGAAAAACUACCGGACGCCUACCUGCUGAAUCAUGAAAAUCUGAACUACAGAUUUCUCCCCUAAUCUUUGGAAUUCUGUAUUUCACCGAGGAAGCCAUCUGGAAAACCGAGAUGGUUAUAUACAUCUCAGGAUCGCUGUUACUAACUAAUGCACAAUAUUUAUAAAUGUGAACUUGUAAAUACUCCCAGACGAUGUAACACAUUUGAUAAGUGUAUUUGGUUGAGCACCUGUACAGUGUAAAAAACUAGCCUGAGGACUGAAGUAACAUGUUUGUGAAGAAAACAAACAAGAGGGGUCCUGUUUAUCCUGCUUCCAUCAUCUCGUUGCACUGUUCAAUGUAGCCCUGCGUUUAAAUUCAUUCUGAGUUCAGAAGGAAAAACAUGUCAAAGUCUUUUCGGUUGCACUUUUUCACCAUCAGCCAUCUACCUCAUAAUGUUUGUCUGUUGUUGUCGACCUCCUCCAGUGGCUGUUUGCACACUACGUCCGCUGCGUCCUCAGCUGCUGCCUGUGCCAUUAUUAACUGACAUUCCCAUUUUUGCUUCUGUAGCUACAAUAUUUUGUGAAACAAAAUGUAUUCAGAAAAGCAGUAAAGCAAAAACUACAAUUACUGUCCUGCAGUUGUAUGCCUCUGCUGCCCCGUACAGUUUCAGUCCCUCCAGGUGUUCCUGACAUCUAUACUAUGAGGUCACAGUGAUCUUUAACUUUGAACCCCUGAAAUCUAAUCAAUGAAUCUUUGAGUUGAGUGAUAACUGGUCAAAGUUUGAAGAAAUUCCUAAAGGCAGACUUGAGACAUCAUGUUCAAGAGGCAAAUACAUGUUUUGUGAGGCCACUGUGACCUUGACCUUUGACCACCCAAAUCUAAUCAACCAAUCAAGUCAAAGUGAACGUUUGUGCCAAAGUUGAAAGGAUUCACCAGAGGCGUUCUGAGAUGAAGCGUUCACAAGGCAAAAAGGGUUCUGUGAUGUCACCUUGAACUUCAAUCUUCAACCACCAAAUUCAUGAUUUAAUCCCUGAGUCCAAGUGACUUUUUGUACCACAUUUUAAAGAAUUCCUGGAGAUGUUCCUGAGCUGAUGGCAUUCACAAGAUCUAAUAUGUGUGUUGUAGGGGUCACAGUGACCUUGGCCUUUGACCUUCAACCAAAACAUUCUAAUCAGUCCAUUGAUGAGUGCAACUGAACAUUUGUACCAAAUUUGAAGAAAUUCUCUCAAGGCAUUUUUUUUUAUAUUGUGUUCACAAGGACGCAACAUAUGAGGCAUACAAAGAGGAAAAAGCCCUUGUUAUGAAGAUAAAGUCAUGAAGGUCCCUCUAAAGCUGCUUUCAGACAUGCACUGGACUCCACAGUUCCUCCGUAUUUUCUCCGGAGCAUGUGUGAAGGAAAACAAGUGAGACGCUCCGCAGCAGUAUAAUGUCCGUAGAAAUCCAGGAGAAGUCGAUGUGAGAACACAGCAGGGGACCCCCCCGCUGGCUUCACCGCGAGCGAGUCGGGGGGUUGAUGACACUUCUAACAUGCGACAGAUGCAAAAAUGAAAAAACACA